AUGGAUAAUUCGCGAUCAUCUUUACCAAAUGUUGAUCGAGCUAAUUCGACAUUAUUUAAACGUUAUCUCGAAGAGCAACAUAAAUCAGUAAUUAUAUCAAAUAAUUAUCAACAAUUAUUACGUCCGAUAGAUUCAACAAUACAAAUUACACAUACACAUCGACAACAGCAACAACAUCAAGAUACUUAUACAUCAAAAUUAAAUAAUAAUAAUCAUAAAACAGUUAUAAUCAAACGAAAAUAUUCUAAUGGACGAAAACCAUCAGGUGAUACAUCUAAACAACGUACAUCAUAUACAAGUCGAUUUAUGAAACGUUUUCAACGUCAACAUAAAAAUCAAGAUACAAUCACAAAUGUACAAAAACGUGAUGGAAGACCUCGUUUUGAAUUUUAUGAUCCAUUAACUACAAAACAAUCUAGAACUGAUCAAGAAACUUAUUGUACAUGUCUUGUUUCAUCUGAUCAAAAUGGAGACGAACAUCAUCAUCAUCAUCAUCAUCACCAGUCUUCUCCAACAAAACCAUUACAAGUGCCACGUCUUUCAUUAAAUGAACUUUUUCAUUCAUCUUCACAAUAUCGACGACAACCAACUCAAACAGUAAUAGUGCCACCAUCAUCACCUAAACCUAUUCGAUCACCAUUACCAAUGUUACCACCUGUAGUAGAUAAAUCUACACGACCUGAAUCUAUUUCAAAUUUAAAAUAUACAAUCGAACAAAAUUCACUUCCAUCACCAUCAAUUGAACCAGCACCAACUAUAAAUACGAUAGCGGAAACAACACUUCUUCUUGAUCCACCAAUAAUAAAUUUAUCUAAUGAAUAUUGGCCAAUAAUUAACGAUCUUUUACAAGAAAUAUCAAUUGAAAUGAGUGAUAAACCAAGUGUUGAUAUUGUUUUAGAAAUUGAAGAAUCACUUGCACAACGUAUUUAUAAUUGUAUUGUUGAACAAGAUGAUGAAAAUGAAAAUGAUACGAAAUCUUAUUCAACAACAACAAAUGAUUCAUCGGCUUUAUCAGCAGCACAACCACCAUUAAAUAAUAUAAUUUCACAUGAAUCUAAUGAUUUACCAUCAUCACCUAUAAGUACAACUACUAGAGAACCAAUGAAUAAUCGAGAAAAAUUUUUUCAACCAAUUCGUGAACCACCAACAACAUCAUUUAAUAACCUUGAUCGAAAUCGACAUUCAACACCUUUUAAUCGUAUCUCACAACAAAUACAAAAUGAAACUGGAUUAACAAUUGUUUCUUUUUAUUUAGAUGUUCGAUCACCAUUUGCUCAAUCUUUAUUUGAACCAGUAAAUCUUUUACGAACAGUUGCAACUAGUAAUAAUGAUGAUAAUGGUGAUUUUAAUUUUUUUCCUUCAUCAUUUUCAUUUGAAAAUCAUCAAAAUUUAAAUACAAAUUUUACGCUGUUUCAACAACAAGAUCAUCAAUCAAACGGUGAACUAUCAGCAACAUCAUAUCAUCAUUCAUUACCAUUAUUAAAUCAUCUUCUUCCGCCACGAACAACUCCAAUUAAUACAAAUACUUCAGCAUUUAAACCUAUUGAACCAGCUAAUACACGAUCAACAACAUCGUUUGCAUUAAAACGACCUCAAGUUAUUAGUAGUUCAAUAGGAACAAAUUGGUUCGGGCAAAGCUAA